CUGAGUUGGUGUUGUGGCCGGCGACCGUAAGAUUUUGCCUGAGUUCUACGGGUAGCACACGCUACUUGUAAUUUGUUUCAGUACCGGCGUCGGCCUAUCGCGCCGCGCGCUUGGUUGGGAACACCGCGGUCGCGUAAGGCCUGCGGUAAUGCGAAAACCGUUGCCGUCGUAAAGCAUUUUUCAAUUCUCUGAGUGUUGAGUACAGUCACGAGUGUAUUGGCUUUUUUGAACACUAGUCGUACUGAUUCCCCGCUGAAGGUGCAAAUUUUGAUCACUAACAGAACGGUGGUAACUGUUACUACUCGCUACAUUGCCAAUUUCCGCAACCACAGUUAUGUACUCAGGAUACCCAGCUGCAGGUGCGGCUGCGCCCACUGCACAGCCCGCCUACGCCCAGCAAACGCAAUGGCCACUGCAACAACAGCAACAAGCAACCCAGUGGCCAAAUCAACCGCCUCCAAAUGCAUCUCAACAACCCACAGCCACACCAGAUGCAUCAAAUCCGGCGGCAACUGCGGCAUGGCAGCAAGCUUGGGCGCACUACGCUCAGCAGUGGCAACAACAAGCAGUUGGAGCAGCAGCGGCUGCAGCGGCCGCUGCUACAGGAGGAUAUGGACAGACAACCACAACUACUCCUGCCGUUACAGCUGCACCCUCUGCUCCUACCGCGUGGAGCUCCUACCCGCAACAGCAGCAACAACAGCAGUCUGCACAGACUACGGUAGCUACACCUGUUGUCCCCCCUGAAACACUUGAAUCAUUUCAAAAGCAAUUCGACGAUUGGGAGCGAUCAUACAACAAAUGGCUUGAUGAGAAUCGUAAUCAUCCCGAUAAGGAAGCUUUUAAGCGGUACGAACAACAGUGGACAAGCUGGAGACAACAAUUAUUAGCCAAAAAAGAACUACUGAAACAACAGGAACAGAUUCAAAUUCAACAACAGCAGGCUGCUCAUGCCGCACAAACACAAUGGCCUCCUUUGCAUGCGCCCCCCGCGCCACCGUCUCUUAAUGGUAUGCAUCAACAGCCUCAUCCCCAUCAGCAGCAACAACAGCAACCACCAUGGACCCAGGUUCCUGGAGGCACACAGCAACCUCAGGGACCGUGGGCGCCACCUCAACAGCAGCAGCAACAGCAGCAAAGUGCUUACCCUCCACAAGAUAACAAGGGGGCUUACCAGCAACCACCAGGACAAUUCAACGUUCCAGGACUAGGUCAGCGGCAAUCGCAGCAACCGUGGCUACAGAGAGGUUCUGAGGAAAACACAAAUAGCCGUCCACUGUGGGGCCCCGGUGGUCCCCAGGGAAGGGACAGUGGUAACAAUCAGAAUUCCGUAGUGGGACGGGACCGAUCGUCUCCUGGAAGGUUUGGUGGAAGAGACGGUGACCACGAUAGACCAGUAGGAGAUGGAAACAGACGGCCAUUUGAUCGUGAAGCAGACCGUGGUAAUAGUAGGUUUGACAGUGGUCGAGGAAGCGGUUUAGGAGUACGAAUUGGAGGAGCGGGAGGUGACAAUUGUGGAGGCUCUCGUUUUGACGGAGGAUUACCGUCAAGAUUUGGGGUGGACAAAGAACGAGGGUCAAGAUAUGACGAUAGAGACUGUCGAGAGCAAGACAAAGACAGAGUAGAUAAAGAUCGUGACCGAGGGCGCAGGGAUCGUGAGAAAGGCGAAGAGCGCUACGGAAGGCGAGCAGACGAUCGUGGACCUCGGAGAUCAAGAUUUUCUGACGCAGACGACGACCGUUCCGGCAAUGCUAACAAAGAACCUUUGGGGAGGUCGUUGACUAACCAGGCACCUAGAGCAGAAAACGUAUCCGAAACCACAGGUGUUUUACAAGAGAAAAUGCUGGCUAUGGCUGGCAUGCCGGGUGGGCCAGAUGGCCGUGUUGGUGCUCCAGUCGCAGUCCCUUCGCAACGAGGUGGCUUCAGAGGUCCUUCUGGGCGCGGUGGUAUUACCGGUGCGCUUAAUAAAAGACCCAGCGAAGACGCAAGUGCUGGUGAAUUGAAAAGGUCACGAUUUGAGGAUGCCGACGACGAUGGCCGUAAACCGUGGGAUGGAUCUUCGGUAGCAGAAGGACCAGCAAGAGGGCGUGGCGGGUUUCUAAUGUCAAGAGGUGGGCCUCCUUUACGUGGAGGAUCUAUGAGCCGGGGAGGGCCUGACGGACAUGGUGGGCCUUUGGGGAGAGGUGGGAUGGUGGGUCGUGGCCCACCGGGAGCGCCUGAUAAUUCAUCUAAUCGAGGAGGUCUUGCCAUGCGUGGAGGCUUCGGAAUGCGUGGAAAUAGAGCAGGCGGUCCUAGCAAUACGAUGAUAGGUCAUAGUGGGCCAAUGGGAUUAAGUGGUCCUCCUGGAGGACCACCCGGUAGCGACGUUGGUGGACCACCCCCCUUUGAAGCUGGCUACCGAGGAGGUAUGCGAGGGUGCCGUGGGGGACCGCCAAAUUUCAUGCGUGGUGGAAGAGGUGUGCGUGGCGGGGGCCCCGGAUGCCCCAUGGGUGUUCCUGGCCCAGACGAUGGACCCUUCGGUGGACCACCACUUUUUAUUGAUGGACCACCUCCACCGUGGAUGAAUGGUCCUCCUGGAUUCGGUGGUGAUGCUCCUCCGAUGCGUGGUGGACGUGGAGGAAUGCGCGGUGGUCCUGGUAGUCGUGGAGGACCUUCUAGCGGCCUGGGCGGAGGACCUACUCGUGGUAUGAUGCGUGGGGGAUCCCGCUCUGGUAGAGGAGGUUUUCGAGGGAAUCGCGGUAUGUUCGGUGGAGGAUCCGGUGGAGCCACCGAUGGAUCAGGUGGCGAAAACGACAAGGACGCUGGCAGUUUUGUUGAUGAUGAUGAGGGUUGGGGUCACGCGAGACGGGGACAGCAGGGGCCAGAAACACCGACUGAACGUCCCUGCGCCAAGAUAGUUUUCGAGUACGGACUGUCACGAAACAUCGAUGCAAUGUCUCUGCGUAAACAGAAUAUGCAGGGAACUCAGCCGGUGGAGACAAGUGUGGAAAUGAUUAGAAGUGGCCGAUUGGAUUUUACAAAUAGACGUACCGAAUCCCCACCAAUAUCCAGGUUUACGGUGGAUAGAGCCGACAAUCGCAGGAACCGGGAGCCUCUUUACAGUCGACGUAGAAGCCCAUCACCUAGCGCAGUUGUGACAAGAACGCGACCUCCUUUAGAAAUUCCAAGACCGAAACCUCGUACACGCCCGGCUAGCGAUAUAUUUCUGCCCCCGUUACGUGAUUCUCGACCUCCGUAUAUUGCGCUAAUUCUACGAGGGCUACCAGGGUCCGGGAAAUCACAGCUUUGCCGAAAGCUUAAAGAACUAGAAGCGUCGCAUGGAGCUGCUAACGAAGUGCGAGUAAUGUCCAUUGACGAUUAUUAUCUCGUUGAAAGUGAAGCUCUAGUCGUGUCAGAGGAUGGCUGUACAGUCAAUAAGAAGGAAAUGGCGUACGUGCAUGACGAAUCUAUGGAGUCGACAUAUGAAGCUUCACUCUUAAAAGCAUUUACGAAACAGCUUGAAGCCCGUCACUUCUCACUCCUCAUUGUGGAUGCACCAAAUACAAAAAUGAACUCGGUCAACCAAUUAGCCACUGCUGCCAAGGAGAAUCAGUACACCGUUCUCAUCAUGGAAACCGAAGAAAGAGACCCAAAAAUUUGCUAUGAACGUAACAUACAUAAUCGAACGCUUAAGGAUAUUAAAAAGAUGAGCGAUAACUGGGAGGACACAACAGCCGUGUAUGUUGUAUUGGAUCAUAAAACCAUGCGAAACAACUUCUGCGAAGCUGAAAUGAAGAAUGAGCAUCUAAAUGAAGCUUUGCACGGAGAUACCGUAGUAAACAGUAAACUUGCUGAUGAUAUCGAUUCCAAGAACGAUGAGAGGAGACAGCCCGAGGACGAAGAUGAAGCUACCAGUUGCACCUGGCGCGGUCUCGCUCCCUCAAGAUGGGAGACUAUGGAGAACACAGACGAGACGUUAUCAAGACUCGACGGUGGGGGCUAUAAGAGAUGUCCAAACUCAUCAAGGAGCGUACCGAUGGAGGAGUUUCUUGCGGUCACAGAUGAUUAUGAGACUCGAACAAGUAGCCAAGGUGGAGGUAAAAAACGAGUUCGCUGGGCGGAUAUAGAGGAGAGAAAACAGAUAGAUCGCGCAAAAGCAAUCGGGUUUGUGGUUGGUCAGACGAACUGGAAGGCUUUUACAAAUUCUGAAAGUGAAGCGAGUGCCGCACUUAAAAAAACAAAAUAUUUUGACACUGAAACCGAUGAGUAAGGUUUUUUGUUGAAGAAAUUUGUGUGAAUAGUAAAAUUUUUAAAUGGCAUUUAUGACUUUUUAGUUAUUUACAGUUAGAUCAUUUAUAUUCAAUCGUGUGCUGUAUCUAUUUCAACUAUAACAAAAUAUGGCCCAGAAAUCUGGCGUUUCGAAAACACCAGCAUAUGAAGGAUACUGAAACGUACAAAUUGAGUCUUGUAUUCAAAAUGCACAUUCAUUACAAUCAAACCUAUAUCUAAAACCACUUGAAGAGCUUAGAAGCGUACCACCGAUAGAUCAGAUUUAUUAUAUUUUAAGUGCCUUUUGUAUUAGUUUAUCGUUAAGAGGGAUUCACGCUUUAUUAAAAUAAUGCUAUUGGGGCAGCUGCAGCUAUAACUUCCAGUCGACAAUACAGUGGGCGUAAUGAUAUAACAUUUGAGCCUUUUUUAUUAAAAAUAUUUUCUUGUUAUUUGCUAAUACAGUACUAUAAUCUUAAAGGUUAUCUGUUUCUGACAGAGCGAAUGUGUUUUCAAAGAACAAAGGGCGAUGCUAGACCAUUGAGAAUUUACACACACUUACACAAAAAUUGUCAAAAUAAGAUAUGUCUUUGCUUUUCACAUUAUACGAGCAGAAUACAUCUAAUUAAGCUUUUUGACAUUUCUAAAUUUUCCUUGUUUUAUGGGAAUACUCUAAACAUACAAAAAUUUACCUAAAACCCAGGAGAUAUAUAGGAACAUUUGAAACAGUCAAGAAAGCGUUACGAUUUCUGCAGCAAAAAGGUCAAGUUUUACCAACUUUGGCUAUCAACAAUAUGUAUGCGGCUAUAAACACAAUAAAACAAACAAACACAGUUACCCUUCUAGGGUAACCAAAUAGUGUUUUUUAAACGGACCGAUAACUCAGCGACAAGUUUAAGAAAGGGUGUGACUCAAAAACGUUUACUGAUGGGUAAUUGUCUUAGGUCUACCAGCUAGAUAUUAACAAAAGGUAAAAUACAUGCAUUUGCUAAUCCUUUUCGUUCAAAUAGAUCGCCUUUUCGGUCGAGCUUCAGAAAAAUAAGAUUCUGAAAGAGAAAUAAGCGUACUUUGUGGCUGAUUUGAUACUUCUUUGUCCAUAUCCUCCUUCUUCUAACACAUGGGUUCGACAAAUAAUCAUUUGGUACAGUUUUCAUUUUGGGGAAAUUAUUCAGGUGUGUUUUUAAAUUUGUUUUUAAUAACAUAUUAAGCGUGAACCAUUGGAGCGAAUGAAUACCGGCGGCGCACCUACAUGUAAAUAGCUGUAGCGGCACAUCAUGCGGGUCAAUAUGAAGUUAUGAAAAAUAAAUCUGAUGAGAAUAUUCAAUGCGAAGAUAUAAACAAACAUGUGCAAAUCGUAUUUUAAACAAAGAAAUUACUGCACUUGAUAUGUUAUGGGUCUCUUAGAUUUAUGUUAAAUUCACGCAGCAUUGUUGGGUUAAUUAAAUGGUAAUUACGGCAUUUUGCACCUCAUUCAUGAUGCUAUUUAACGCUUAGUUGUGGAAAGUCAAAGGUCGCUAAAAAAAGUUUUCCAGACAUUUUUAAUAAGCUCUCAGUCGGCUUGCAGACUUCCAGGUGUGUCCUCUGCAAAACCUUUAUAAUAUAAUAUUACGUGACUGUACUGAAUGACAACAUUCAGGCAUUUGAACUGUGUAUAGAUUCGUCGUGUGCCUGCCCAGGACAAACUGUGUAAUUCAUUUCCCAAUACAAAUAAUGACUGUCUAAGCAAUACGAUAUAUAGUUUGUACGUUCAAUACAAAUGUCUUGACGUUUUUUCCUGGGCGCCUGGGCGAUGAUUGGCGGACAAAUUGCAAUGCAGCUAAAAGUAGUUGUAUCUAAUCUUAGUUAUUGACCAUUAUUUGGUAUAUAACAAAAGCAAUACAGCAUGUUAAGGUGCAUGCCCUGCAAGUUACAAAAAUGGCAAAUGCAGUUAGCAUUAAAAUGCAUCAAGAACUGUAACAGUAUACGGCCCUUACCCUGGAAGUGUGACUUGCAAAUCGUGAUCAGGAGCCCUAAACGUUAGGCUUAGUUUUUUACGUUUUAAAAUUCUUGUAUACGGAUGACUUGGUAAGUCUAUUCCUUUAAUGUGCUUUCCAUGAAAAAUAAUGUUCGAAUUAUGGCAGAUCACUUUAUUGGAGCAGAUCUAUGAACUCCUAGUUAGUGCCACUUUCUAGAGACGGUCGAGUCAGACUAGUGGAGUCAACCAGAUUUAAAGUUGUAAAAUGAAACUCUAUGAUGUCUGCUUCUCAUUAUAUAGUUUGAUUGACCUUGAUACCGAAUAGCGCAAAAUUAAUUUAUAAUAUAAAAGCUUUUUAGUUUUGACACGCUACGCAACUAUCGUCAGCAUUUCCACCUCAAAGUGGUCAAAUAACCGAUAACUAUGCAAGAUGUAAAAGAUCUGCUUACAAAGCAGUUUUUCAAAAUUUUAUACCACUGGCUUUCUCCAUAUUGAUCACGAAAUCAUUGACUGGAACGUAUAUCCGAAGGUGAUAAGACUUAUUUGCGCAUAAAAACUGUUUGUGGACAGUAUAUUAGAGCCACGUGCUUGGAGUGCUAUGUCGACCUAUUUGUGUUUGCCCUUAAAACCUUAUAGAAGGUCGUGUAUUAAAACUAAAAUUCAGAAGGGACUGAGGCUAUUCUCUUGAUGUUAUGAUUAGAUUUUUCUGCGGACUUUUCUCGUGCUCUUCUCUCGUGAAAGGCGUGUAUGUAAACGCCGCCUGCAACCCAUUUAUCGAAAUAAGUCACUCGAACAAUGGAUUACCCCAAUUAUUUAAUUUCCAAUGCCAACGUUCAAUUUGCUAGAAAUUUCGCGCAUUAUCGAGUUUGAUCGAAGAUAGUUCCGCAUUUGAACGAAACACCUGUACGCGGUUUUUUCUUUCGAAAGCUACCUUCCUCUGUUUUCUGUUGAUGAUAGCAUAUGUGAAAGGAGCACCUUAAAACUGCUAUGGAUAGAAAGGCUUUUACUGAAAUAAAUACUUAGUUUAUUCAUCCCAGGUUACAAUCACGGCUGCAACUCGGUUCGGCAUACUGCCAAUGCACUUUCGCACUGUCUCCGUUACGCCUGGACUUACACUUUCAAUACUGUAUUCUUGAAUUGGAAAAUUUUCGCGAUAUUCUAUCCGGGCCUGAGUCGCCUCUUGACAUGAUGCCACAUGUUUUUGGUCAGAUCCAAAGCAGAUGAAUUUUUAGGCCACGGCAGAAUCUGAACACCAUUAACAAUAAAAGCCUUAGAAACACAGUAAAGCGGUGUGGCUUAGGCGGCUAACGCGCGUUUCGUUGAUAGCAUUGCCAUGGUAAUCAUGAAUAACAAUCAUGCCGUCAUGCUGGUUUAAAUUUCAGCCUUGGCAAAAACGAUAACCAGAAAUUAAUAACCAAGAAGAUAAGGUAUUGAGGAAAAAUAAAGAAAUUAGGAAAGGUAAGAAAUAAUUAUUUCGGUUAAUAGCUGCUUGUGUGGUUGCCAUGCUGUUUCGUAAGUUCCUUGAGGAAACCCUAAAUAAAUCCAGAAAGUCUUAUUGCGGCUGGACUCCUAACGGGUGAAAGUCCUAGAUGUUAAACUUAAAAAGACCUCAUAAAGAGAUGGUAGCUAAAAUUGCUAAAUAAAAAUUUGAGAAGACUUUGCCACUUCGUCAUAAAGCACACUUUUUCAUAUGACGUAUUGACUUCUCAUGUAUGAACACCACUUUCGUACUUGAAGUCGUAUUUCUGUUUGAGUUACAUCACUGUAUUGUCAUUAUUUUGUAAUCAUAUUGAUGAAAUGGAACUUCGAUUCACCUGAAAGACAGGAGUCCACCAUUUUUCAGCAGUCCAACUUUAAAGCGAUUUGGAGCAUCUGAAAUACGCAUGCCUUGAGCUGGCUGAUGUGCUUUGGGUGGUUUGCAGCAGCUAAAACCACACAUUUCGAUAUGACGUCGGAGAGUCCUCAUAGACACAGUGAUUCCGCGGCUUAUUAGCUUUUGAUGAAGUUCAGAACUCGUUACAAGUCGUUUUUUUUGUAGCGCGGUUAGAAUGAUCCUGUCUUUUCGCUGCAUUGUGCACCGUUUUCGAUUUUUAAGUUACACUGUCAAGCGACAAGCAAUUUCUCUUUGCGAUUGUUUUCUUAUCUGAGCUUGGCUCUUAAACUCUUCUGAAAUGCCUUUUUGUAAUUCUAUCUAUGAGUUGUAACAAUUUAUGAAUUCAUGUAUAAGGGCAACAGCAUGAAACUUACUAAAAUUCAUUUCAAAAUACAACCACGUCACAACAACGUCAGUGCUAUCAAAUAGAUAACAGUAGCGAUAAUAGGGCCACGAUUGUUAUCUGCAUUGUACGGGGAAAGACGGAAUCAGAUACCUGAACUUUAUGUAAUAACUCGAAUGCUCAUGCAUCUUCUAAUGCCAUUGAACCAUACGUGUUAGUAAGUGCCGUCCUUUCUACAGCAGUUUAAAAUUGCUUCGCCAUCGACAAUGUCGAUACGUGUCCUAGCGCGUUAAAAAACCGCACGCAGAUAAUUUCGCUACGGAGAUACAUUCUUUCGAACUCGACAGUACGUGAAAUGUCUAAGCGACUACACAUUAUUGGCCAGUGAUUGCAGAUAUUUUGAAUAGAAGUUCAAAUCAAACAAAAGCAGAGCAUUGCUUUAGGCGGUGGACCGCUCGAAUGAUACGAAGUGCGUCUGCACCUCAUUUCAAACCUAGAUGUGACUUCUAAGUAGGCGAAUAUCUCACAGUUGCAUCAUUUCUCAUUUGUUACCUUAAGAAACGGUAACCUUCUCUCCUCCUCUAUUGACCUAUACUUAACACCUCCAAACCUUUAGUUGCUUAAAAGUGGCCCGCAAACACGUUCGCUGUUGUAUGUAUAUUCUCACGGGUUAAACGGAAAUUUUCCGAUAGGCGAUUUGCAUUAUGAAUUUAGUGUGGAAUUUGCUGUGUAAAUUUAAAAAACUACCAGGUGGCCCGUUCAGCCUAUACACUUUUCUACUAAACAGGCAUAUCUUCUCUCUCCAACCUUUGAACAACAUUCAGACCUCACACGACUGAAAUUUUCUUUAUAGUAUUUACAAGCAAGUCUGUCGCAAUGCCUAAACAUAUGUUCCAGUAUAACAUUCCACCACUCAUCACGCUUGUGUAUGUGAUGGUGAAGGUUGUGUAAUAAUAGGAAACCUUAUUUGCAAAGAGAGUACGAUGAAAAGCUUGUAAAGGGGCGUACUUGAACAAAUACAGUAUUCUAAAAUCCAUUCAUCAGAAUCAGGGUAAAUUGUUCAUAAUUGUAUGUACUAAAAAUGCUUUUCUUGUAGGCAUCCUGUUGACCGGCUUUGAUCGUCAUACAUUUAACAGAAAUAUACACUGUAUAAUGGUCGAACAUUUCCGUGGUAUCAGUUACACCGCAUGCGAUAUCAGAAGCCUUUAUAUUUUCGGAUAGUCACACAUGAUUAGGGCAAGGAUUCGGUUCAGGGUAAAUGCGAGUCAAUGGCGAGGACAAAACCGGAUGGAUGUGGAGACGAGAGAACAGUACCGGUGGCAUAGGGGUUAGGCAGCAGAUUAACAUUAAAAUCUCCACGACAGAUAACUAAAACUCGUUCAAAUACUGCAAUAACGUUUGCUGAUAACCAAUCGUUGAUCAUAGACAAAUAUUAUAGCACCCUUUCUGCUACUAUAGUGAAUAUAUGCAGUCGGUCAAAUCAUAUUUCCUUUCUCAAAAGCAUGUUGAGCUGUAUGUGUUAUAUUUAUGGGAAACAAUUUUUGUGCGCCAUCGCCUUCACUCAGCUGGUAUCUGUCUAGUCGGCAUCAGUUGAAGUGACAAACUGUAGAAAUCCCACCGGCUGACAUGUAACACGGUAUAGCGAUGUACUUUAGUUCUAAUGACAGCAAGAUGUAUAUGGGUUAACUGCUAACAACGGAUUUAGAAUUGUUAGGGUAAAUACAAACUCUACAUUUUACGUGUAAUCACCGAAAAGCGUCAAAUGAUAAUGAUGGAUUUAGGCAUUAAAAAGCAUUGUGACUAUAAAUUUCUAUUCAAAGGCGUGUCAAUUCUAUGUUAAAGUGAAAAUAAACUGAUUCGUUUGUUGGCUGCCUCCGAGA